UUCCAGGAGCCCGAGGCCGCGAGCCGCGCCCUGGCUGAUACCGGAAAGGCCUGUGAUUGGCCGGCAGCCGCCCCUAUGCAAACGAGCUGAGGGAAUGGAAUUCCUCGGGCCGGGCUUACAGUAAAAGCACGUUCAUUUCCAGGCACUCUCAUUCAUAGAGCCAGCGGGCGCAGGCGGGACGGGCGCCCCGCGGCCAGACCCAGCCAGGGCACCACGCUGCCCGGCCUUGCGCCGGCAGGCACCUCUUCCUGGGGCUCCUGGGGACGCCAGAAGAAAGUCAACCCUUGCUGCUUCUUCUAGACCUGCGUUGGAGCUACGAUUUUUUUUUUCUUUCUCUCUUUACUUUUGAAUGAACUGGUUUCUUGGCUGGACGUUUCAACUUCUUUCCUGCCUGUGAACUUUUCCCCGGUUGUUUCCUUUGACAACUGCAGGAGAAAGUGUGCUGUGCUUCGAGGCGAGCCGUGAAGUUGCGUGUGCGUGGCAGUGUGCGUGGCAGUGUGACUGCGUGUGUAAUUCGAGCCACCCCGUCUGUUUCGAUCUGCGCGGCGGAGCCUCCUCUCAAGGCCCGCUCCACCUGCUGCGGUUACGCGGUGAUCGUAGGUAUAGGCGCGCCCGGGCAUUUAACCGGCCGGCGCUGGGGCGACGUUGGAGGAAGAUCAUCUUGCUACUGCCCAAGUCGGGCUGACUCACCGAGUCGAUGUAGACAGUGGCUGGCUGCGGAAGAGUGCGUGUCUGCGUGCGUGUGACUCGGCUGCUGCUCAACUCCCACCAACCACAGGAUCAGCCACAAACUUAACCAACAUCCCCAAAACCGAGUUCUCAGAUGUGGAGAGCUGUAUUUUGAGUGUCAUCGACUUGGACUUUUUUUUUUUUAAGAUUAGCUUUUCUUUGAAAAGCUGAAUUUUCUGAACUGAGCAUUUUGCCAGAAUUUAUUAAGAGAACAUGACAAGUAUUUCUAGCCCAGCCCUUCUUCAACUACUGAAGCUUAUUUUCAAGGCUACUUAAAAAAAUAUCAGCAGCGAACAUUAAUGGAUUUCUGUUGUGUUUAAAUUCUCUACAGAUUGAAUUGUAAAUAUUUUAUGAAGUAGAUCAUAUGUAUAUAUUUAUAUAUACGUGCACAUACAUUAGUAGCAUGACCUUUGGAAGUCGCAGUUCUUGCUUUUGAGGACCGAAGCCAGUUUUGCAUGAUGAAAGUGACUCUGUGUAUGGAAGACACUCGUGUAUUUUGUGUUUUACUGGGACUUUAGACAAAACUCACCUUAAAAAAAAAAACUGACAGGCGAUUUACUACUGGAACUUCCAAAUUAUGUAUUUGCUGGUCCUUUUGCUCUCUGUAUAAAUAUUUUAGGAAGUGUAUGGGAAUUUUGCCUCCGGGAUUUUUUUUUUUUAAACAGCCAAAGACUGAAAUUAAACUCUCAAAGCAAGACUCAGAAGACAGUCUCCCUCGGCAUUUGACUUUGGAUUCUAGUCGCCCAAUUUUUAAAGCAUUAAGCGGUCGGUUGCUAAGAGCCCUGCCGGGUCUGAGGCUUACCGGCAUCACAGAACUUUCCCCCUCCUGGACUGUUAGUAACUUAGUCUCCCGCCUCCCCCCAGUCCCCCCCCCCCACCCGGCAAUAAAGGCCCCUGAACUUGUAUGUUGGUCUCCCUGGAGCUGCUCGCCGAAGAUCCGCGCCCCUGUCGCCGUCUGGUAGGAGCUGUUUGCAGGGUCCUAACUCAAUCGGCUUGUUGUGAUGCGUAUCCCCGUAGAUGCCAGCACGAGCCGCCGCUUCACGCCGCCUUCCACCGCGCUGAGCCCGGGCAAGAUGAGCGAGGCGCUGCCGCUGGGCGCCCCGGACGCCGGCGCCGCCCUGGCCGGCAAGCUGAGGAGCGGCGACCGCAGCAUGGUGGAGGUGCUGGCCGACCACCCGGGCGAGCUGGUGCGCACCGACAGCCCCAACUUCCUCUGCUCCGUGCUGCCUACGCACUGGCGCUGCAACAAGACCCUGCCCAUCGCUUUCAAGGUGGUGGCUCUGGGGGAUGUCCCUGAUGGCACUCUGGUCACUGUGAUGGCAGGCAAUGACGAAAAUUACUCAGCUGAACUGAGAAAUGCCACUGCAGCCAUGAAAAACCAAGUUGCGAGAUUCAAUGACCUCAGGUUUGUCGGUCGGAGUGGAAGAGGGAAAAGCUUCACUCUGACCAUCACCGUCUUCACAAAUCCACCGCAAGUUGCCACUUAUCACAGAGCCAUCAAAAUCACAGUGGAUGGACCCCGAGAACCUCGAAACACAAGGCAGAUCCAGCCAUCCCCACCGUGGUCCUAUGAUCAGUCCUACCAAUACCUGGGGUCGAUUGCCUCACCUUCCGUACACCCAGCAACACCCAUCUCACCUGGACGGGCCAGCGGCAUGACAACCCUCUCUGCAGAGCUUUCCAGUCGACUCACAACAGCCCCCGACCUGACGGCCUUCGGUGACCCGCGCCAGUUCCCCGCGCUGCCCUCCAUCUCAGACCCUCGCAUGCACUACCCCGGCGCCUUCACCUACUCCCCGACGCCCGUCACGUCAGGCAUCGGCAUCGGCAUGUCGGCCAUGAGCUCUGCCACGCGCUACCACACGUACCUGCCGCCACCCUACCCUGGCUCGUCGCAGGCACAGGGCGGCCCCUUCCAGGCCAGCUCACCCUCCUACCACCUGUACUACGGCGCCUCGGCCGGCUCCUACCAGUUCUCCAUGGUGGGCGGCGAGCGCUCGCCGCCGCGCAUCCUACCGCCGUGCACCAACGCCUCCACAGGCUCGGCGCUGCUCAACCCCAGCCUCCCGAACCAGAGCGACGUGGUGGAGGCUGAGGGCAGCCACAGCAACUCGCCCACCAACAUGGCGCCUGCCGCGCGCCUCGAGGAGGCCGUGUGGCGGCCCUACUGAGGGCCUCGCGGCGGUCGGGCAGGAAGAGCGCCCCUGCCCAGGCCCAGCCUUAGCCCGGAUGACCCCGCGAACGCAGGGUCCGCGGCCGGCGCUGGGGAGGGGGCGGGCCCUUGCGAACUGGGUUCUGGGAUCUAGCUCUGGUCUGCGCCCACCCAAGCCCGGCGCCAGGGCCGCCUACGCCCCCGAGGCCGUACGGAGCGCCUGAGCGCCGUUCUUGUGGGCCCGGCUCACCUUUUCCGAACCUUGACCCAACCUGAGGGUGUCCGCCUCGCCACCGCGCGGACGCGUCGUAAGGCAAACAGGAAGAUUCCCAGAGGGAAACUGUGAAUGCUUCUGAUUUAGCGAUGCUGUGAAUAAAAGAAAGAUUUUAUACCCUUGACUUCACUUUUUAACCAAGUUGUUUAUUCCAAAGAGUGGAAUUUUGGUUUGGGUGGGGGCAGGGAAUGCAACUCCUCUUGUUUGGUAUCUAAUUCAUAUUUUUUAAUUUUCUUUUCCAGCACCUUAUGAAUUGCAAAAUGCGUAUUUGCAUUUGGGGUGGUUUUUAUUUUUAUAUAUAUAUAAAUUUGAGCUUGCUUCUUUCUUGCUUUGACAAUUGAAAGAAAUAUGAUUCCUUUUUCUGUAAGUUUUAUUUAACUUUUCUUUUGGACUUUCGUGUAGUUGUUUUUUUUUGAGAAACAGCUGCAGCUUUGGGUCAUUUUCAACUACUGUAUUCCCACAAGGAAUCCCUAGAUAUUUAUGUAUCUUGUUGUUUAGACACCUACUUAUGUGUUGAUACUUUUUUAAUUAUUUAAAUGUACUUAUAUUAAGAAGAAAAAUAUCAAGUACUACAUUUUUGUUUUUGAUAGUAGCCAAAGUUAAAUGUAUCACAUUGAAGAAGGCUGGAAAAAAAGGAUGGGCAAUGUGAUGACUUGGUUAUCUAAAUAUUGUUUACAUUAAACUCCCUUUCAUGUUAAUCAAACGAGUUGGUAGCUAAUGCAGCAACGUUUUUAAUACGAUUUUUAGAUACUGAGGGUCACUUGAAGGAUCUGAAGUAUGGAAUUUUCUGCCAAGCUCAACAAAGGGUCUCAUAUCUGACUCCCUCCCUUCAAACAGAGAAGGUCAAAUCUGGUUCCAGGAGGUUCAGAUAGAUGCCAAUGAUUGCACCUCUGGAGAGGAUUUAUUUUCUGCCUAGGGAUUUGCUCCCUCCUUGGGCUCUUGAUAAUUUCAGACAUACUUUGUAACCAUUGAAUCCAAAGUAAGCUAUGUGGAAGAGCAAUAUCCACAUGGGAACCGAAUGAACGGAUUUAUGGGUUCUUUAACUGCUCCCUUCUGGGGUAGUAAGGAGAUCAUCUGAAUCCAGAAUUCAGAAUUUUAGCUCCAAGAAAAUACUCCUGUUUGAUACAGUACCUGUUCAUUGAUGCAGAACAAAACUUGUGGCUGUCCCCCAAGGCUGGGAGUGGAAGAAACUAGACCUGGUGCUUUUGAUGCCCGAAAGUCUCCAGCUGAAUUUUCAUAGGGUGGGCUCAGAAGCAGAGCUGAACAGGACGGUUUACCUCCGUGUGCCUCCAUGGUGUCACAUGGGAAAGUAUUGUCCCACCUGUGCCAGACUCCAUCCCAUGCUGCUCAUUCAGCACCCAACUUUGCAUUGCUUUCACCAGGCUGAGACCCUACCUAAUGGGGUGUGUGCACUUUUAUCCGUGCAUCUUGUGUGACAGGAAAGAUUCAUGUCCCUGCUGCCCAUGGCUACAAAAGUGUCCAAUGUCACUGUAAAUUUUAUGGCACUAUUUUUAUUGGAGAAUUUGGUCAGAAUGCAGUUGUAUAAUUCAUAAAUACUAACUGCUGGUUUUGACAUAUAUGUGCUCAAAAUGAUCUGGUUGUUAUUUAAUGUACCUCUUAAAUUAGUUGAGAUGAUUUCAGGUCAACUCUGAAGAGUAUUUGAAAGCAGGACUUCAGAACAGUGUUUGACUUUUAUUUUAUAAAUUUAAGGAUUCAAAUUAGAAAGAUCUUCGGCUGCAGGCAGCAAAACAGCUGGUCUUAUUUAAAACAACUUGUUUUUUAGUUUUCUUAUAUAUAUAUAUUGAUUAUUUGUUUUACACAGAUGCAGUAGCACUUUGGUAAGAAUUAAAAUGUAAAACAGUUUGUGUUGUCAGUCAGGUCAUUCUUAUCUAGAAAAGAGCUAAAACAGAUCUCGGAGAAACUCAGAGUAUAUUCACUUUCAUUUUAGACAUGAUUCUGUCUCCAUGAUUCAAUUUGAUGUUUUAUUCUGUAUUACAUUUUUGCAGCAAAAUUACCCUUAAAUGUCAGUAAAUUGAAAAUUUUUAUUUUUGAAAAGGACCUUUGGCCCCUUGACCCCAAAUAGAACCUAAGUGUUCUUUUCAGCACAUGUUGCCAUAUCUGACCUGACAAACGUUGGGGGAAAAUGAAGGAAAAAAAAUUAUAUUUUUCAGUUCAUUUCUGGUACCUGAAGAUAUUCCAACUCAAAACCAGCCUAAUGCCCUGGAAGGGGAUCAGACAGUGCUUCACAUUGAAUCUUCACUCUCAAAGGCAUGUAUGAUGAGGGCUUGUCACUUUGUUGGAGACCCACUGGUUUGGCCAGUCAAGAGUUUCACAGACCCUUACCAGCAUAUGUAGUACUUAAUUGUCCCAGAAAAAAUUAAAUCAAACUAGUUGUUCGGAGAUAGGCCUCAUGUCACACUUAAUGCUUUUUUCCCCCCUGGGGAAAUAGCAUUCAUUGCCUUCAGGUAAAUUAAGGUGGUCCUUCAAUCAAGGAGACCUUUAAGCCAAUAAUGUAAUAACUGGAUAUAUCUGGGAGCGUUGGUCCAAGAGAAGAAAGAUUAAAUAAGCCAUUUCUACUGCUUGUUCAUGCCUUUAUUUAUGUCAACAUGGACAUGUAUUUUAAUUCUUUUUGGUUUUCUUGCUGUAUUUCUUAUAUGACUUAUAUUUCUUAAUAUGACUUAUAUUUCUUUCCUUCUCUGGCCCCCUAAUAUCUCCCUCUGUUUCUCUUCCCCUCCCUCCACCAAGCCUCUCCUCCCUCCUCCAUUCUCUCGCUUUAUAUAAGGAGACAGCACACACACACCCCCAACUUCACACCAAAUGUCCAGAACAUGAGGAGCUGCAGGUCUCCUCCCUUUACAUAAAGGAGCAUGGUGAGUCAGCCUUUCUCCUGCUCGUCGUGGGUUUCUUCCAGCAGAACAGAGACAUUGCCAACCAUUUUGAAUCUGCUUGCUGUCCAAGUGCAGCAACAGAAACCUUCCUGGACAAAUUACAAUCAGUGAGUUAAUAGACAGCCUUUCUGCUGCCUUGCCAUUUCUGUGCAGAUAAACAGAAAUGCUCUGAUUGGAAAGGAAAUGAAUGGUUUCACUCAAAUGUCCUACAAUUUAGGAUUGCAGGUUUCUGUCCUGAAAGACCUGCUUCCUUAGGACAUUCCAUCCUGGUGAUUUUUGUUUUUGGUGGUUUUGUUUUCUGGGGGUACAACAUGUUUGGGGUCUUUUAUACAUGAAAAAUCAGUUAACAAUAAUCUCAGAAAACAUUUUUUACAUCUGAACAAAAUGCCUUUUUGUUUACCUACAGUAUACAAUUGUUUGGGGUUUUUGUUUGUUUGUCUGUUUGUUUGGAGUUUUUCCCCUCCCUUUAGCCAGAUCAGAAUUGAUGAGGCUGAUCAUUUGGCAUUUUUUUUCCUUCCAGAAGAGUUGCAUCAACAAAGUUAAUUGUAUUUAUGUAUGUAAAUAGAUUUUAAGCUUCAUUAUAAAAUAUUGUUAAUACCUAUAAUAACUUUUUUCAAUUUUUUGUGUGUGUUUCUAAGGACUUUUUCUUAUGUUUGCUAAAUACUGUAGACAAAAAAAUGCUUCUUUCUACUUUGUUUAUUUUAGACUUAAAAAUGAGCUACUUUUUAUUCACUUCUGUAAAGAGCUAAUAGCAUGGUUCCAAUUUUUUUCUAAGUUCACCUUUUGUUCUAGGGGAAAUGAAUGUGCAAAAAAAAAAUAACUGUUGGUUAUUUGCGCUAUUCUGGAUGUAUAAAAAUCAAUGGAAAAAAAUAAACUUCCAAAUUGAAAUGACAGUAAAACACAUCUAUUGAAAAAGUAACAAUGGGAAUUGCAGUCCUACUUGGACAGGCCCCACCUAGUGUCUAUUUGUGUAGCAGUUACUGGAUCUGUUCACAAAGCAUCCUGGAAAUUCGUGUGUGCUUUCUUUCUCCCUGGUACUGACAUAUUGAAUACUUCCCGAAAGGGAACUGUCAAUCUCGAGGUUUAAACCAGAUCCAGUAUGAGAAAACACCCCCCACCCCAAGUCCCUCUCCAAGGUGUUUCCAGACAGUGCAGGAGAGCAGGCAGUCCAUCGUGUGUGGUCUACUGCUCAGAGUCAGGUUGGCUGCCCCCCCCUCUGCCGGGAUCAUUCCCGUGCCCAGCCUGUGCAGGGCAGCUGGACUGCUGCUGCCCAGGAGCCACUGGAGCCUUACUUUCUUUGUACCACAGUUUCUUCUGUAAAUCCAAUAUUAUCACCAGUGAAUGGCAAAUAAACAGUUUGGCAAGUACA